CGAUCGUUUGCCUCUUUCGUCCAUUACACGAGUAUAAUGGACUAUCAUGUGAUGUCACGUCGAGUACUCGUAUCUUGAGCAAAGGAAAGCCUGACACUUUCUCAACGCCUGAUUACACCAUCUCAAAUCUGCAGCUUUCUCAAUUUUUUCUGCGCGAGAUGUGGGUUGACUAUAAAAGGCAUCUGCCACGCUACCUCUGCAGGACGAAAAUACCACGAAUCUAGCAACCAUGUCUCUCUCAGCCCGCUUCGACCCGUUGCAACUGGAAGAUGCGGAGCCCUAUGAUGAGCAACUACCCGACUACGAACCUGCGACGGCACCAGAGUACGAUGGGGCGGACUACGAGAGCCCUCUCUAUACGUACUUCCUACGCCAACUGGAUCGCCGCACCCAAGUGUUCGAGCCAUGCGGGUUGGGGUCAGGGCCGGCGUAUCAAGUUUCAACGCGCAGUAACCUACAAUCUCUCUUUAACAAGAAGCCAGAGAUUGAAGUUACGGGCACUUCGCAGGCCAGCAUUUGCUCGAUCGCCUUCGUGAACAGUGGACCAUAUCCCUGGCGGCCACGGGCCCGUUUCUCACACAUGAGCUCAGUUGGCACGACUACAUUCCCGAUGGAAUCCCUCAAUUUUUCUGAUUGGACUGUUUGCAUAGAAGGACUUACCUUCUUAUGGCAACUUGAGUCUCGGCCGAUGUCUCUGGUCUUGAAAGAGAUCUCUGCUGCACUUAUCAUUGCACGUUUUACUUACUCGGCGUGCGGAAUCGACGCGGCGUGUGGUGCAGAAAUCGGAGACCUCACAAUAUUCCCAGACGGGCUCUCGGUGAAUCUCGAAGGGGUCGAGAGGAUCAUAUGUAGCCUGCUGGUACCGAUAGCGCAUUUCAGGAAAAUGGGAAAGCACUAUCGUAACGACGAAGCGACGAGAAGGAACUCCUGGACGAUAGCGCGUCUGCCUCCGAUAGUACCAAGGAUUGCCGGUUAUGGACAGUGAAGAGGCGACUAGGGUUGUAUUCCACGCGGAUUCGAAAAGUCAUUCUUGCGAACGACUCCAUGUUACACCCAGACGGACUUGGACGAAAGUGGAGCCAGAGCUUCUCUUUUUCUACCGCGGAAGUAGGAACGAAGAGAAGGUGUGAUUAGUUCUGUUGCAGCUGUGUCAACCACGCCUGGCAUGUGUCUCGGGUGUUUUCAGCCUUUUGGGACGCAUCUGAGCUCAUUAUUAGUUUGUGUCGAAGCUGGGACGACGGCC